AUGGAACGGAAAAAUUUCCUCAGGUGCUUGUUCUUCAUUUUCAGUGCAGUUCUUCUUUUGAUUUUCACUGUGUAUAAUUUGCAAAAUCAACUGGCGAACAAGCCGGAGUUAUUGGAGUGCACCACUAACUCACCGUGGUGUAUUUCGAAAAAUCGAAUCUCGGGGAAGAAACCCAAUUUCCUCCACCAGCCCACCACCGCUCUCCGCCAUGACCACACGGCGGAGGUGCCCCACCACCCACUGGACCCUUUAACCAUACAGGAAAUGAACAAGGUUCAGAAAGUGAUUAAGUCCAUUUACAAGGACACGGUUUAUUCAGUUCAUUCUCUGGUUCUCGAGGAGCCUGAUAAGAAGGUGGUGCUGAAGUGGAAAAAGGGUGAUGAUCUACCUCCGCGGAAGGCGUCUGUGAUUUCACGUGCCGCCGGGAAGUCGUAUAUAUUCACGGUGGAUAUCGAGACAGGCGAGGUGGUGCAACAGGAUACUAGCCAUAUCUCCGGGUACCCAUAUGUCUCUUUGGAGGAUGUGCAAAAAGUCAUCUGGGCCCCAUUUUCUCGUUCAGAUUUCAAUCGAUCGAUUAUUGCUCGUGGAGUUGAUCCCAAUAAUGUUGCAUGCUUGCCUUUUUCGUCCGGCUGGUUCGGUAAGUACGAGGAAGGAAGAAGAAUAGUUAAGUUAGAAUGUUUCAACACUGAAGGCACUGCUAACUUCUACAUGAGGCCUAUUGAAGGGAUCGUUGUGAUUGUGGAUUUGGACACUAAUGAAGUCCUUGAGAUUGUUGACAAAGGCAAACACAUUCCGAUCCCAAAAGCAGCCGGGACAGACUAUCGUCUUUCGGCUGAAAAUUCUCCAAUAUUUAAGCUUCCCAACCCCGUAUCAAUGGAGCAACCAAAUGGUCCAAACUUUGUUAUAGAAGGCGAGCAUUUGGUAAAAUGGGCAAACUGGGAAUUUCAUUUGAAACCCGAUCCAAGGGCAGGAGUUAUGAUUUCUCGGGCUAGUAUUCGGGAUGCUGAGACUGGGGAGAUGAGGAAUGUGAUGUACAAAGGAUUCUCAUCUGAACUAUUUGUACCAUACAUGGACCCUGAGGAGGCAUGGUACUUCAAGACUUAUAUGGAUGCCGGUGAAUAUGGGUUUGGGCUACUGUCCCUUGCUCUCGACCCGCUGAAUGAUUGCCCAAGAAAUGCCAAGUACAUGGAUGCCAUCUUUGCUGCAGCUGAUGGCACACCAUACGUUAGGUCUAACAUGAUCUGUCUGUUUGAGCGCUACUCAGGUGACGCUGCCUGGCGUCACACCGAGAGCCCAAUAGUAGGCCAGGAGAUUCGAGAGGCAAGACCAAAGGUCUCAUUAGUUGCAAGGAUGGUAGCAUCACUAGCUAACUAUGACUAUAUUAUCGACUGGGAAUUCCAUGCUGAUGGACUAAUCCAUGUUAAGGUUUCGCUCACUGGCAUAGUGAUUGUGAAAGGCACCUCUUAUGCAAACAUGAACCAAGUAAACAGGGAACAACAACUCUAUGGCACCCUCUUAUCAGAAAACAUAAUUGGAGUUGUGCACGAUCACUACAUCAAUUUCUACCUCGACAUGGAUAUUGACGGCAUAGAAAAUUCUUUUGUAAAUGUUCACCUCCAAAGAGAAUACACCAAUGGGAAGUCACCUAGGAAGAGCUACAUGAAAGUUAACAAGGAAGUGGCUAAGACUGAGAAAGAAGCACAAAUUAAGUUGUCAUUGUACAAUCCAUCUGAAUUUCACGUGGUUAAUCCGAACAAGAAAUCAAAAGUGGGCAAUCCUGUUGGCUAUAAGGUGGUUCCUGCUGGAACGGCUGCUAGUUUGCUCGAUCCUGAAGAUCCUCCACAAAAGAGAAGUGCUUUCACUAAUAACCAAAUUUGGGUUACGCAGUAUAAUAAGUCGGAGCAAUGGUCGGGAGGUUUGUUUGCCUAUCAGAGUCAUGGUGAAGAUACCCUUCAAGUUUGGUCUGACAGGGAUCGACCUAUUGAGAACAGGGACAUUGUUUUGUGGUAUACGUUGGGCUUUCAUCACGUCCCAUGCCAAGAGGACUACCCCAUUAUGCCUACAGUCUCGUCAAGCUUCGACCUCAAACCGGUGAAUUUCUUUGAGAGAAACCCUGUUCUUAGGGUUGCACCAUAUGUUGAGAAAGAGCUUCCAGUUUGCAAAGCCGCUGAUUCAGCCUGA